AUGAGCCUGCCGUUGCACACGGGACAGGCGGCGGACGCGCGGACUCGCCGGUCGUCCUCCUCGCGUCCACCUGCUCUUGAUCUGCGCGACAGCUCGCCUCGCUUGGAAGUCUCGACACACGGCGCAGACGGACGGUCACCACGCUCGCCAGCCUUCCACUCGCCCGGCCUCGUCUCGCCCGCCCACUUCUCGACUCUCCCGCCUACUCCUCCUUCGUCCUUCCCGCCGUCUCCCCCUAUCGUCCCUUCCGCCGAUGGCAAGCCUGUGAACACUCUGAGGCUGUCAUCUGGCGCAAGCUACCCGACACCGCCCGCAAGUGCGCCAGGAAGCGCGCGCUCUCGCUCGAAGGGAUUCGACGCGGCCCUUGAGAUCAAUCCGAGUGCCUCUACGAGCAUCGAGCGCCAGAACUCGCGUUCCUCUUCGAUCCUGCUCGGGGAAGACUUGCGGGACGACAAGGACCCGUCUGCCAAGCGGCGACCGUCGUUGAUCCUCACAUCUGCGCCGACUGAGGAGCCUCAAGGCCUCGCCAUUGGCAUCGACAUGGGCGACGGCGGCGCGCCCGCACCUCUCAUGCAGCGAUCGUUCUCCGGCUCGACUUCGCCCCUUCAAUCGCCCAUGCAGCCAUACUUCUCGACCAGUCCGCUCAACUCGCCUGCUCUGGGCGCCCUCCCGAGUCCGCUGCUGGCGGCCGGACCGGCAUUCCCAGGCUCUUCCUCGAUGGAGCGCGCUCCUUCCUCCCCUCGCCUCGCCUCCCUGACCGGCUUCGCAUCCGGCCUCGUCCGCCGCACCUCGUCCAGCUCGCUCAACGCCGAGCUCCCUACCUCAAUCAAGCCGGCGCCCACCUCGCCCACGGCCCCUUCCAUUCCCUCGCCCUCCCUCAGCCCGUCUCUGGGCGUCCCGAAGGGCCCCAUUCGACGAACGAGCUUCGCCAGUGCUGCUCGGGAGGAGGAACGCAAGAAGGAGAAGGAGGCAAAGGAUCGCGAGGAGAAGAAGCGGAUCGAGAAGUUCAAGCAUAACCGUGGGUUCAGCUGGGCAGUCCGGCCGGACGACCCGCAUCUCAACAAAGCGAGGGCGGAUUCGGCCAAGUCUGGAUGGCGAAGAAGGCUGUUGAUCCUCUUCGUCGUCUCGCUCGUCGGCUUCGCCAUCGCCUACUACCGCUCCGGUAGCUCGUCAAACGUCCCGAUGCGCCAGACCUUCUCGCAGCGGGCAAAGUCGAGCGCUCAGUCGGGGCGGGCAACCUGGCAAGGGGCAGGCACCCGCGCCAGGCUCGAGAACGGCCACUUCAUCCACCCGGACGUCGUCGAGCGAAAGCAGGCACCUUCGUCAAGCUGGGUUGGCCCGCCGUACCGAUGGGUGCGCCGCUUUUUUGUCGUUGACGGGCCGAGCAAAACGCCGCAGUACCGCCAGCCGCCGAUGCCGCGCAAGUCGGAAGUUGCCGUGCCCGAGCCGACAGACAAGGAGGUCAAGGAGAAGAAGCGGCACAACGUCUUUGUCGCCCGCCCGCAUGUCGAGUUCGUCGACCACGAAGCGCUUCCGCCUCCCGUCGAGCACGGCGAUGCUCCCGAACGCGACACGCUCGUCCUCUAUCGCAUCCUCGGCAACGACCUUCCCCCUCGACACUCGCCCGGCCAGACGCUGCGCAACCUCCGCUUCCUCCUCCAGCACGAGUCGGACUUCUCGGUACUCCCUCCCCUCGGCCCGCACGGCGUCCACCAUGCCGACCUCUACGGCUCUGGCACGAAGGCUCAGCAGGCGCACACCCAAAUGGGCGGUCUCCGGGUCGACAAGUACUUCGUCUUGAACCGCAUCGCCGAACCCGAACUCGUCAGUGCCAUCAUCGGCCUCCUUCACAUGUACUCGGUACCCGACUCGCGCAUCAUCGUCAUUCCGUUCGACUGGGACGAGUACCAGCGGCGCGAGUUCCGCUGGGACGGCGGUGUCGAGCAUGCGAGGGGAUGGGGUAUUGGCGACGGAUCUGCGCCGACGAAGAAGAAGCCGACUUGGACGCAGGUCCCCGACAAUGUCCAGAUCCCGGGCGACCUCUCUGUCUUGCUCGAGGAGGCCGACGGCGACGAGGCGAGGGCGACUGUCGACGCUUUGCAGGCGAAGAAGCGCAAGGCAGAGACGCUGGGUCGCCUUCGUGCCCUCGACUUUACCUACCACGAGAAGAACCUGUACGCGAUGAACAACCUGAUCACGCUUGACCGGCAGAACGGCGGUCGCAACUUUGCUCUACACCACGGCCGCUCGCUCCCGAACGCUCGCUGGAUCCUCCCACUCGACGGCAACUCGUUCUUCACGCCCGCAGCGAUGUUCUCGGUCGUGCGCACCCUCUCCAUCGCCGGCGAGGGUCCCGCCGCAUCUCGCUACGUUGUCAUCCCGAUGGCUCGCCUAACCGACAACGAGGACGUCCGGAAGAACAACACGAUCGACCUCGUCCCGCUCGAUAUCGAGGAAGGCGCUUCAGCUAUCGUCGACGCCGAGAUCCUCCACCGCCCCGCCAACGCGCCCGACACGCCGGAAGAGCCGCAGAUCGGCUUCCGCUACGACUCGACCGAGUCUUUCCAAGAAGCCAUGCGGUACGGCCGUCGAAGCAAGCUCGAGCUGCUUUGGCGACUCGGAGCAAUCCCUUACUCUCGCGGCCUCGACCGACGCACACUUCCCUGGGAAGUCACGGACCGCGCGCACAUCACGGCGAAGACCUGGGGUUCGAUUCCCGGCGUCGAAGGCUCGGUGACCAAGGACUCGCUCAUUCACGCUCCUCACGGCGAGCACGACCCAUGGGGCGAACCGAACCCGCCUCGCGGUCAUCUCGCCUACGUGAAGGCCGGCUGGGUUUACCGCCUCUUCUCCGGCUUCAAGAGCCAGGAGGAGCACUCGACCGAGGCCGCGACUCUGCGCAACACGAAUCGGAUCCGCGGCAUCGUCGCGUUCCUCGAGCGGCUCGACGAGCUCGUCGCACGAGGCGAACACGGGUGCUUCGGUGAGGAGAACCCCUUCCACUGCGGCUUCCACCCCGAUCGCCUCUGGAACUUCGACAUGUUCGACGUCGAGCGGCUCCGGCAGAAGUUCAAGCUCAACCGCCGCGACGCCGUCGUCAAGAUUGAGCGCUUCGAGCGCCUUGUCGUCCCGAAUCUGCGAGACGUCCGGCACGUCCUCAAGGAUCCGGCAGCCUUCCGCGACUUGCACGCCCAGAAGGCGGCGACUGGCGCCUCUCUUCUCGCCAUGGCCGGAUACCUGACCGGCAACUCGAGCUACUCUAAUGCGGCAGCCGAGCUCAUCGCUGAGCGCUUUAUCCGACGAACGCCCCUCUUCUACCAUCGCGUCGGCGAGCAGGAACAGCUUAAUCGCAAGGCGCAGGAGGAGGCGGCGUUGCUCGACGACCGCGAAGUCAACGGCUUUGCCUUCCCGCCAUUCCCGAAGGACCCUGGCCAGCCCGGCACCUGGAGUGCCAGCCUUGGCCUCAAGCUGUCGGAGCCCGAUGCGCCCAGCUUGCCCUUCGAUCCGAUGACUUUUGACCCGCUCCUCCUUCUCGACGCGGUCCGCCUCCUCAACCACCCAAGCGGCCCGAAGCUCGAGAAGGGCAGCAUCGCUUCCCGCAAAGCGAUCACGCCCAUGGUCAACUCGCACCUGUCGUACCUCCUCUUCGCGCCCGAAGCACUCAGCUUUGCGCAAUCGCCUCCUUCGCCCGACGACGGCGCUUUCUACGACGCCAAGGUGGCCGCCCUCGCCGCCUUCCUCGACGAUGUCCGGCUCGUCAACCGCGUCGCCAAUCGUGCUCGCCUUCGCCUGCCGUCCGAGAUGCGCGCCGAAGGCUUGAUGCACCCCGGCGGCGCCGUCCGCGAGAUCCACUUCCGCCUCAUCCAGGGCCUGUACAACACCAAGGUCCGACCGUACAACAUGGCGUCGGACGAGAUCUCGCAGGCCAUGUACGUCACCCGCGCGCACGGCACCGAGACGCCCCUCGACGUCCUCGGAUUGUAA